UUUCGUCGGCUGAGUACGCGUUCGCUGUGAGCUUAGUAAGACAUGAGACUGUUUGUCUUCUGGUGGAAGCUGUGAAACUAUUUCUUCGUUGCCAUACAGUUGAGAAUUGUUGAUAGUAGUGUCCGCUUGCUGCUACUACUAGUGAGCACAUGCUAAAUGAAAGAGGGAAAAUAUCGAGCGUUUUAGGCAAGUGACAAGUGUAAUCGCAGCCAUAACAGGUGUGCAUUAGAACAAAGAAAAACCGGAAAACCGGAUCUACUGUGUCGGUGAAAGUGCAAGAUUUGGUCCUAAAAUUUAGUGUUCGGUUCGUUUGUUGAGUCCCGAAUAUUGGCGCACCACCUGGAAUAGCUUGGAAUAGCGGCGCACCACCUGGGAAUAACAGUGAUUGUUUUAUAUCGUUCGAAAUUUUAUUACCCAACAAAAUAUAAUGUGAAUGUAUAUAUCUGGUGUCAUUACUUUAGUGUAUAGUGAAUGUUUAUGUGUAAAAGCGUUUAUCUAGCAGUAUCAUAGUGUACCAGCAAUACAACAGUAUUUCAUCUGUCAGAAUUAAAGAGAAUACCCGUUGUUUCAUUUUUUACUGCGAGCAAACGUCCAUGUAGUUACGGUCGAAAUUUGAGCUUUCAGAAUCAAGCAAAAUAUCCCACUCGGUCCAAACCGCAGCAAGGAUCCAAGUGGGUUUUAGCACAUCAUUGUGUACACCAAAAGUAGAUACAAAUAGUAGUUAAAGUUGGCUGCCCAGGACGAUACGGGAACUGACCAACGUCAGGGUCAGCACUGCAGUGGUGCCACGAUGAGUCUGAAAAAGGCUAGCCGUACCAAAAGCUUGUCGCUGAGCGGCGAUGAUUUCCCGCUGCGACCGGUCAAACCACGGCCAGCGUUUGUCACACCGAAGCGGCCCGAAGACACGAUGAAGAUCAUGAAGUACAUUGAUGAUAACGUGAUAGGGAAGGGAGUUGCUUUCCUGGGGCCGUUCGGACGACGAAAAGUUGUUUAUGCUGAUUACGCUUCCUCGGGCCGUUCGCUUCAGUUUCUAGAAGACUACAUCAACAAAGAGGUACUACCCGCCUUCGGUGACACCAACUGCAUUUCCGCCGUCACCGGUUUGCAGUCUCAUCUGUAUGACAAUGAAGCUCGUGAUCUGGUUCGUGCAGCUGUCGGUGCAGUCCCCGAGGAUGCGAUCGUUUUCUGUGAUAAUCCUGCAGAACGGUUGUGCUUUCUACUGUCCACUACAGCGUACGAUAGCGGGAACAAACUGGCUCCAAUUCUGUUUGUUAGCAAUGCAGAACCCAUCGGCAAUCUUAAACCAUGGUUGGAUGCUGGCUGGUUGGUAGAAAAAAUUGCUAAAAAUCACGAAGGCUUUCUAGAUUUAGUUGAUUUGGAGAAGCGCUUGCUUCAAUUUGCCGAUGCCAAACGAAUGAUGGUGGGAUUGUUUUCCGGAGCUUCUCGCUUGACAGGCAUACUUGCGGAUGAUGUAGCUACCACGAUUUUGCUGCAUCAGUAUGACGCGUUAUCAAUCUGGGAUCACAGUGUAGCCGUUUCAUGUGCACCAAUCAACACUAACCCGAUUUUACCAGGAGCGCAAAAAGAUGCCAUUUUUUUCCACUGUAAUCGCAUGGUUGGUGGGGUGCAAGCUCCAGGAGUUCUGGUUGUUAAACGAAAGUUAGUGGAAAACAGUGCAUCAUUCUUGAGUGACACCGUAGGGGUCGUAAGUGCAGUACGAGCAGGUUUGGUUCUGCAAUUGAAAGAAUCGCUAGGAGUUCAAGCCAUCAUGCAUCGGAUGGAGAAAAUAUGCAAGCAAAUGCUAGCACAUGUGCGAACUAUUCCCGAGAUCGCUCUGCUAGGGCCAUUAUGCACAACAGCUAAACGUUUACCGACUCUGUGUUUCAUGGUUCGCCAUCCGCGUGGGGCUUUCCUACACCAUCGUUUCGUGGUAGCCGUGUUAAACGAUGUAUUUGGGAUCCAGGCAACAGCAGAUAAUAUGAUAGCGGAUUCUCUCGGAAUAAAUCCGAAACUUGCAGUCGAGUACGAAAAAGUGCUAAACGAUGGUUCGAUUAAAGCAGGUGGUAUUCACCCAGGAUACAUAAGGAUUACGUUUCCAUUCUUUAUGACAGAAGCGGAAGUGGCGUUCAUAUUAGAAGCUCUAAAAAUGGUCGCGACAGAAGCGUGGAAAUUAUUGCCUCAGUAUGAGAUAGACAAUAGGACUGGAGAAUGGAGACAUCAUUCUAAUUCGUUAGCCAAGGAACGCAAGUGGCUCGGAACGAUUCGAUAUACGGACGGAAAAAUGCUGUUCUCUGAUAGGCGAAUAUCAGGCCCGGGAACAUUUCCACAAAGCCACCCUGAUUGUUUACAGACGGCUAGAAACCUGUUCAACCGAGCCCGCAAAAUGGCCCAGAGAUCAGCUUCUGAUGAAAUUAUCCUGAAGCUGUCGAAUUCGUUGCUAGAAAAUCUUCGCUGGUAUAUGUUACCUGGAGAAGCACAUGAGCUGUUACUUGGUCAUUCUCACAGUGUCAAAAAUACCGUGCCAUUCGACCCCACCAAAAUUGCAGAGAAUCCUUCGCUAAUUAUGAUCCACCGACACCAUAGUCUGUCAGCAUUAGAUAUAAAACGGUUCAAAAGCAGAAGUCUUCCCGCAUCACCGAUGCAACUUUCGCUUCGUAGACAGCACUCAAGUUCUCCACAACAAUCGCAUAGUCCGACACCAACACCGACUUCAUCGCCACCAAUUGUGCGGUUUUCGCUUGGAGGUGAAGUCAGUACGUACAGCCCACCUCGAGUAAACAGUCUGAAUACUCAUGACGCCAUCGGAAACACCAGUAGAAACAGAUGUAAUAGCUGGGGCUCAUCAACAACCAGAUCGGCAAAGGCUGGCAGCCCCAUACACAGUAAUGGAACUAACACAUGUAUUGUCGAUGGUGGUGGUGUUAGCAAUAGUACUGUCAAUCAUGACACCGGUCUGGAUAUUCUCGGACUGCAAACUCGAUAUCAUCUAGGCUUUGUUCAACAUUCACGCCGGCAAACCAAGAAUUCGAAUACUUCAAUGGUGAUUCCAACAUCGGGUGUUGAGAUAGAUGCUGGAUUGGUCCGUACUCACAGCGAACGCUCGCCGCCACCCAUUUUGGCGGUUAAACCGAAACAGAGGUCCUGUUCCUGCAGUAGCCAGACGGAUCUCAGCAUGGGCUCUAGCAGCGAGAAUCUAGCUACUGCAGUAGCAGCCAGCUUCGACGGUUCGCAAGCACCAAGCUUGUCGAACCUGCAAGCAAUGUUCACGGGAAGUAGUUGCAGUGAUAGCGCCGAGGAUAUUCAGGCUUACGUGAAGGAAGUAACCAAAGAACUUGCCACCGAAAUUAAGUCGGAAAUCCGUGAAGUCAUAUCCAAAGUCGAAGACGUACUGGAAAGUACCGAUAGCGUGGACCUUAGCGGAACGGCCUUUAAUUCAUUGGGAAAUAUUAGCUUCUCUAACGACAACAAACGAGAUUCUAUCUCUACCAGUGAUGUGGUGGAUUAUCUCAAGGAGUACAGCAAAGGCAUGAUGAUAGAGGUUAAAUCGGAAAUCCGCGAUGCAAUGAAUGCAGUGGACGGAAUUAUCUCACCGGAUAGUAGUUUGGGAAUGCGGAAAAAUUCUCCCCCCGAUGUUUUGAAGCCUAGCGGCGGAGGGCCCAGACUUUUAAUAAAACAACGUUAUAGCGAUAUCACCCCAGCUGACCGGCCCAAGUCCGCAGACAUUGACAAACACCGAUCCGAAUCGUUUCCCCGACCAAAUGCUAUUCUCACUGCACCGAGUCCGGAUAAUUUUGCACCUACUUUUUCGUAUACUGGCGCUAUUGCUAAAAAAAUAGAUCUCAUGUCGUCGAUGUCCUCGCAGGACUCAGGGAUAAACAUGAGCUUUAGUGAGCAGGAUGAUAAGCUAAAAGCUGCUGCUGCCAUCCGAGAUAGAAACCGUACCAUUUCAGCCCAGCUGGAGGAGUGUUCCAAUCAAUGUGAACUUUUCCAACGAAGAGUUGUUUCAGAGUCGGCAGCACCAGUCCCGGUUGAAACUCUGCAAUCACGACUUCCGGCCACACCGGAAGUUGAGGUCGCAUCUAAAAAUCCGCUGAUUCGACAGCCAGCAGUAAUGAAAAGCCCGCCUUCGCAAGAGCACGAACCUGCAACAGGCAGUCCUGAAGUUGCAACAUGGCAUAACCUUCCGAAGGACAUCUGGAAACAAGCAGCCGAGAUGUUAACUGUAGUGCUAGAAUGGUUCAAAGUUUAAGAAGGAAACAAAGCUUUUUCGAUAGUUUUUGUAUUAGGAAGUACAGAAUCUGCUUGAAGUCAUGUUUAUUGUUUGUGAAAACCAGCUUGAAUAUAUUGUUUAAUAAUUUUCGUUGCGAAUCAAGUGUUUUGAAGUAGAAUACUUCUCUCAGGAAGUUCGGCUACAUAGGGAUGUGAAAUGAAAAUCUAAACCGAAAAAAGUGAAAAAUAUGUCCAAUUUCAAAUGCUAAUAAAUCGGUUAGUUUUCGAUGGAUUUCCUUCGUUCUUGCAGCAAUAGAUUGGAAAAUCUUCUAAGAUUCUUCCCAAAAUAAGAUAAUUGUAACUUUAUUAUACACACUAUUGUACUAUUGAAAAUAGUCAAGCCUUGUCAAAACGAAAAAUUCGACCUCUGAUUGGUCGUUAUAUGCUUGCUUCCCAAGCACGGUCGACAGGAUCAUAUACCUUGCAAUUGAAAACAUGCUUUUCGGCCUAUAUAAGAGCCUGUUUCAGCCGGAGCCGCUCACAAUAGUUCUAGACAGCGACAACAGCAGUCGUCCUUCCUUAGCAGCAGCACUAACCCUGUGGUUGGUCACCACGUCUCAGGAGCAGCGCGGUUUUUCUCAGCGCGUGUCGCCAGACAGCCAUUAUUCCCCCCGUGUUGGGGCAGCAUGAAGAUUGCCAUCAGGAAAUCCAAUUUUGGAAAUCAAAAUGCCUUUGUCAAGGCAAAUAAACAAGUCAUUGAAAGUUAAUAAUUUUUGUCAACGCAAGCAAGCAUUCUGUGUUGCAUCCUAGCAAUUUAAAUCUGUCGCACCCGUCGAAUUUACUGAAUGUGAAAUAGCUUCCACAGUGCAUGUUGUCCGUGUAUCUUAAUUCCCCCAAUGUUAGGGCAGCUCAAAGGUUGUAAUUAGCAACCGAUUUUGAACCGCAAAAUGCUUUUUCAAGGCAAAUAAACAAAUAAUUGAAGGUUAAUAAUUUGCCCUGCUAGACCGCAUUCACAAAGACAGUUAGUUCGACUAUGCAGAGCUAUUAUGAAGUCGAUUCAAUCAAUCAGCAUAAACAGAAUUUCGUCGUCUCCCAGCUGCCAAGUUGCAACAUGAUGCAACACGCAACAGCGAGCAAACGAAAUCGCUUGAUGUUAAAAACCGCAAUAAGAUGCGGGUUAAAACCGUUGCGUGUGUGAGAGCACCAUCGGUGUUUAUUCGCUGGAUACAAAAAUCAAAUGCGAACUGUGGAAUAAUUCGUCUAAAGAACAUAAGGAAAUCGUAAGCCUGAACUGAAAGGCGUGGCCUAUUACGUAGCACCCUUCGGCUAUAAAAAAGUGUUUCUGGGAAAACUAGCUACAUUCAUUAGUCGGAGGGUGAACUGGAUGGACCUCCACAACGUUGACAGCAGUAGCAGCAGAUGUCGGCACUCAGCAGUAACAGACCAUAGCAGCGGGUCGCGCCUGUGGCUGCCUUCAAAUUAAACACUUGUCCUGUGGUUGGUCAUCACGUCUCAGGAGCAGCGCGGUUUUGAAGUAGAAUACUUCUCUCAGGAAGUUUGGCUACAUAGGGAUGUGAAGUGAAAAUCUAAAACCGAAAAAAGUGAAAAAUAUGUCAAAUAAUAAUAAUAUGUCAAAUAAAAUACUUCAAAUGCUAAUAAAUCGGUUAGUUUUCGAUGGA